AUGCAAAUUGCAAAGAAGCAUUACAGAUUCCCUAAACCAACACCAUUAUCGCUUUACAAAAGAUCCCUCAUGACCUAUUCAAAAGAUGAAAAUCAAUCACAAUUACUACAAAAAUUCCCAUUCGAAACUAAUAAUAAUGAAUUUUAUUGGGCAAAACAAUCAAAUGCAGUCCAUCAAUCAAAUAGAUUGAAUUUCAGAGGUAAUACUUAUCAAAACCAAGCUCAACUGCCUUCCUUGCCAAUACCAGAUUUGAAAGUCACUUUAAAUAAAUAUCUAAAAACUAUUGAACCAUUUAUUAAUUCUAGUGAAGAAUUAGAGCAACAAAAAUUAUUAAUUCAAAAUUUUUUGCAAGGAAUGGGUCCAAUUUUGCAAAAUCGUCUCAUUCAAUUUUCCAACGAUAAGAGAAAUUGGUUAUCAACAUUUUGGGAUGAACAAGCUUACCUACAAUAUAAUGAUCCUGUUGUACCUUACGUAUCGUAUUUCUUCAGUCAUAAACCUCUUCCAAUGACGCAUGCAGAAAUUGAAAAAGACCCAUUGGUUAAAGCGACAGCAAUUAUAAUGACAGUAGUGAAAUUUAUCGAGGCACUUAAGGAUGAAAUUUUACCUCCAGAACUAAUUAGAAAAGUACCUUUUUGUAUGAACAGUUUUCAAUUAAUGUUUAAUAAUUCACGUAAACCUGGUCAAUCUAAGGAUUCAAACGUAUUUUAUUCAAUAUAUGAGAAUAAUUUCAUGAUCAUCUCAUUUAAGGGAAAUUUCUUUAGAGUGAGUACGCAUGAUACAGAUGGUAAGCCAUUAUCUGCAAACAAUAUAUGGCAACAACUUUAUUCUAUUGUCACCUUGAAUGUCACACAACAAGACCAUAUUGGCUGCUUGACAUCGUUACCAAGAGACGAAUGGCGGAAGUCAUAUGCGCAACUAAUCAAUGAUCCAAUUUCAAAAAAAUCUCUUGAGACCAUUUAUAAAUCGUCAUUCAUAUUAUGUCUAGAUUUAGAUGAAACACCAAUAACGCUUGAAUCGCAAGCAAGAAACUCGUGGCAUGGUAAUGGAUUCAAUAGGUUCUACGAUAAGCCGCUACAAUUUAUUGUAUGUGGUAAUGGUCAUUCUGGUUUCUUAGCAGAACAUUCGAAAAUGGACGGUACUCCAAAUUUGUUUUUAAACAACUAUAUUAUGCAACAAUUAAGCAAGUUGAGUCCAAGGGAAUUUCUUAAUCAAAUUGUUAUGACCCCAAAUGAAAUUUACAGGCCAGAAUUGCUGCCUUUUGCGAUAAAUACAUCCCUACAGAGAGAUAUAAAGCUAGCAAAAACAAAAUUCAAACAAGUUAUGGGUCAGCAUGAUUUAAAGGUUUGGCAAUACAAGAGAUAUGGUAAAAACUUUAUGAAGAAACAUAAGAUAUCACCAGAUGCGUAUAUUCAACAAAUUAUUCAAUUGGCUAUUUACAAAUAUCUGGGUAGGCAGCUACCUACGUAUGAGGCUGCGUCUACUAGAAUGUUUUUCAAAGGUAGAACGGAGACUGGAAGGGUAGUAACUACGGCUUCUUCCCAGUUCGUAAGAACUUGGGAAGAUCCUAACGUGGCACUAUCUGAGAAAAUAAAUUUGUUUAAACAAGCAACUGCAGAUCACUCAGCUUACUUAAAGGAAGCAGCAAGUGGGAACGGUGUGGAUAGGCAUUUUUUUGGCUUAAAAAAUAUGUUACAAGACGGAGAAAAUGUUCCCUUAUUUGAUGAUCUAAUUUUCAAUUACUCUUCAACUUGGCUCGUUUCCACUUCACAAUUAUCUAGCGAAUUCUUGAAUGGAUAUGGAUGGUCGCAAGUUAAUGACAUUGGGGUGGGUCUGGCAUAUAUGAUCAAUAAUGACUGGCUUCAUAUUAAUAUCGUUUGCAAGCCAGAAUUUUCAUUAUUUGACGUGAAUGAGCUCCACUAUAUAUUAACUGAGGCAGCAGACGAACUUGGCGAAGCCUUGGAAACGGUCCAUCUGGAGACUGCUAAGCUAUAA